AUGAUCAUUGUCCGACUCUGUGUCCUAAAUGACAUCUUGCUGUCGCUCCUUCUUGUUUAUUUGGCGCGGCACCGCGAUUUCGCUCACCCCACUGCAUUCAUCCAACUUGUCAUUGAUUGACUUCUGACGAUCUAUCUUUCAUUUCGGGGAUAUAGCCUCGAGGCUCCUAACACGCGCUACGCACUUUAAUCGCAACAGCGUCGAAGAAUUACCUCUUUCACGUUCUCUUCUGCAAGUGCCCAGCUUUAAAAACAUCGGCGAUUCCUCCUCCCUUCCAACAACUCUUGGAAUGUCCGCAGAUCAUCAACGAUAUAUUUAUUCUAAUCCUCAAGGAGGAUCGACAACCUCUUAUGAGUAUCAAACAUAUCCUACACAAGCUUACGUGUCGGCACCACCUCCUCAGGCUCCUCCCCGGCCGAUACGUUCUCCCAUCACUCAGUUUCAUUCGCAACACCACCAAACAACUUUUGCGGCAUCGUCUUCAUAUACACAACAAGCGCCCUAUGCGCCUGCUCCAUCAUACUCUCUUCCUCAGUCGCAGCCUCAAUGGCAGCCUGAAACCUGGUCCCCUCAAUUUGGGACCUUUCAACCUACAUCCAUCACGGCAGAUGUGACGUAUACCCCAAAUGCAGCCCGCCCGGAGCCAGUCUCUCAGACCACCCAUGCAGAGGCACGAUCGUAUGCCGCUGGUCCAUCCAAUCCACCACUUGUUGAGAAUCGCCGCCCAGAGGAACGCUAUCCCCCUGCCCCUGGGUCGGCUCAUGCAUCGCCUAUUCAAAAGAGCAAGAGGCGGGACAAGGAGUCACCAGUCCUGGCUCCAAGUCCAAUUAUCAAUCCUAGUUUGGAUUUUGGGAAGAUGGUAGAGUCCUACGGUAUGAUACUCGAGGGUACCAAAUCCCUGGCGUCCGCGGGAGUUCCUGCGCGGCUCCCACCGCCUGAAACCAUGGAACGUAUGAUCCAGUCCGCGAACUACGGAAGACAAAUGUUACAAUCAGCAGUUGCGCAGUCAAACCCUGACACGAGGCCAUCUACUGGCGGUAGCGACAAGGAAACUCCGGCUAUAAAGCGGCAGGCCGAGGAACAUGCUCAGGAAGGACAAACUUGCCUUGGUUGCAACGCAACCUCGACCCCUGAGUGGAGGCGUGGCCCCCUAGGCCCUCGAACCUUGUGCAACGCAUGUGGCCUCGUGUAUGCUAAACUUGUACGUCAGCAUAAACCCUCUGAUUCUUGUUAUCAUGUUUUAUUUCAGCUGAAAAAACGGGCACGAGGGGAACGGUCCCGCGGGGGCAAUAGCAAAGAUCCAGGAUCUCACAACACCAUGGAGGACUCUGUUAUUGCGUCCAGUGGUGGAAGUGAUGACGACGAUUCUUAUGGGUCACAAGACCGCGACCUAGGUGAUCAUAUACGGAGAGUGUGAAGUUGGGGCCCGUGAUGCUCUAAUCUGUCCAGCCUGCUUCUCACCCGUCUUCCUUACUAUUUUUAUCAACGGCUGGACCUUUCA